AUGAGAAAAGCCAUAUUUCUAAUAUUUUUAAGGCUAGUAGGUGGUGUCAUAAGAAAAGGAGAAAAAAACCAUGAUUAUUCAUUUAAUACUGACACAUUAGACAGUAAUAUAAUCAAUAAUAGUCAACAGUUAAAUGAAUAUGUAAACCCAGCAAAUAUUCAAUAUUGUGCAGAUACAAGCAAUUUUGAAAAAAUGAGGAGAAUUCCAAAAGUGAAUGAUACAGAAUUAUUUAAUCAAAUGAAUUUAAUUCAAGUACAAUUAAUAACUAGGCAUGGAGCAAGAACUCCAAUUAAAUCAGUUAAAUGUUGGGAAGGGUUUUACCAGAGUUGGAAUUGUGAUGAUUUAACAACUUUGUUUCAAACUUCAGCUUUUCAUAAAAAUACUGAAACUCAAACUUUAAAAUUUUCUAAGCAUUAUAUUAAAGAAUGGGAAAAAAAUUUGAAUGGAACAUGUAAAAUGGGUCAAUUAAUUUUACAAGGAUAUGAACAACAUAGAAUUAAUGGAAAACUAUUGGCUGAGGCUUAUUUUAAAGAAGGAGAAAAUCUAGUAACUAGAAGUAGAUUCAAAAUAGAUUUUAAUUUAAGAGACGAAAUAUAUAUUAGAUCUUCGGAUUUGCAAAGAACUAUUAUGUCUGCUUCUGCAUUAAUUACAAGCCUAUUAGAAGAGAUUUUUGGUAAAGAAGAAACUUUUCAGAAUAUUGAAAGUCUACCCAUACAUACUUUAGAUAUACUUUCAGAUUAUUUGUUUUCCAAUAAAAACAUUGUUGAUAAUUCUCGAGAUUUAAGGCGUUUAUUUAACUCUAAAAAAUUUCAAGAAUUGAUUGGAAAUCAUACAAGCUUAUAUAUGGAAUUAUAUGAAAAUGCUAAAGUAAAGAAUAUUAGAAGUUUAUGGCCAUUUGACUUAAUUGAUUGUAUAUUAACAUCAUUAUGUACUGGGAAUUAUAAUAAACUUCCUGCUGCUUUUUUUAAAAAUAAUUUACUUGAGAGAACAAUUUCGGCUGUAGAAAAGGAGGUGUCUGCAGUAUAUAAUUGGGACAACUCGAUUAUAUCAAAAUAUGAUAUUGGAAGAUUUUUACUAGAAAUUGUUAAUUACAUUUUGGAUGUUAUACUAUUUACAGAGAAGAAAAAUGAUGAAUUUUUGAAUAUUAGUGUGUUGUGUUCAAACACCAAAGAGAUGAACGACAAUAACUUACAAGAAAUUCCAUAUUUAUUGAAUCUACUAUGUAAUAAGUAUGAAAGUUACUAUGCUAUAAAUAAUGGGGAGAUUAAUAUUAAAGUACCUAAAUUCAUAUUAUUUUCAGGGCAUGAUACCACUAUUAUUCCAACAUUAGCUUCUUUAGAUAUUUGGGAUGGACAUUGGCCACCUUAUGCUUCUACUCUUAUAAUAGAAGUUUAUUACAAUCCUUUUAUUAAAAAAGAAAGUAUUGGUGAUUUUAGUACUGAUCAAUCAAGGCUUGAGUCUAGUCAAAGUAUUCUUCCUUACUAUAUAAGACUACUAUAUAAUGGAGUGGUGUUAACAGGCAAAUUAAAGGGAUGUAAUGGAAACGAAAUUUGUCAUGUUUCAAACUUAUUUUUGGCAAGCAAAUUUGCUAGUUUAAACAAGAUUAAGAAAGAUUUAGCAGUAAAUUCCACCAAAAGAUCAGAUAAAUUUUCAAAUAAGAGUCUUUCUCAUGCAAAUAAUUCAAAUCAAAAAUCUAAAAAAUUUGAUGUGAACUCCUCUAAUGGAAUUUAUAAUAAAUCCUAUUCACAUUACUUUUUUUCUUUUUUAUUGGGGGCCUUGACUAGCUUUCUAGUAAUGUUUUUAAUAAAAAAACUUAACUUGCUGAGAUCAAUAUUUAAAGAUUUUGAUUUGAGUACAAAUGCCCAAAUUAAUUAA